AUGAAUCUCGCGGCAACACGAAACAGUGCCCUUGUACAGUGUCCUCAAGAUAGCGCUUUGGCAUUCACGGCGAUAUGGUAUCAUCCUGUCGACAGCGCUGCAUUUACGAUCUGCUCGAGGUGCUAUGAAGAUCAACUUCGCCAUUCACCCUUUGCGGUCAAAUUCGCAGCGAAGCGACUCGCAGCAGACCCUCAUCGAUUUUGUCUGUGGAAUACGGAACGAGUAACUCAGUUAAAAGGGCAGCAUCUUAGCAACAGCAACUGGGAUUCGAUUCACCGCUACAUGAUUGCGAGACGAGAGAUUCCUAAUUGCACAGGACCGACUACUGCGGUCACAGCGGAGCCAAAUGCGAACAACUAUCGCUGGUAUAGCCUGAGGAACUCCGAGAUCGAUGGCUUCGUUUGUUGCAAAGCAUGUUACGAGGACACUGUUUGCGCAACCACUUUUGCAGACAGAUUUAUUCUUGAAGACUUCGGUGUCAAUGGUCAGAGUGCCACGUGUGAUAUGUGCAUUGGAUUUAUCAAGAAGGCAAUACUGCAACACUCUCCGUCACAGAACUGGGCUACGUUCAUUGAAUGGGCACGCGCAAGAAUGAAAAUCCCAGCUUGCAAAGACUUAACAGGUGCCGCGUGCGCAUCCACGCUUUGGUACAUGCCAAACCCUCCGAUACAUGGCGUCCUGGUUUGCGGCGCCUGCUUCCAUGAUGGAGCAGAUCUUUCUCCUCUGGCGUCACAUUUCAUACAGAUUCAGAUACCGGAGAGUAGAAAGCAGGAAGUCUGGGAAUGUGCGAACUCGCAGACGCAACUUGGCAUGUUAGUUGCCUGGAACGAGGCGUGUGCGAAGAAGAUUAUUACUCUCUGGCAUAAUGCAGCGCACGUUAUUCCAGGGCUACCUCCCUGUACCAAAGAUGGGAUUAGAAACGGGAUAUGGUAUACGCUGGAUGGGUGUCCCGACUUCAAGAUUUGUGGUCGAUGUCUUACAGGCAUUAUGCAAACAUUUGGGCUGAGAAACUACUUCAGACAAAUUGGAGGGCCAGCUGAUGGCUCACCAUAUAUCUGCGAUUUAUUCCCCGGCGUACCACGAGCGCUAAGCUAUUUCCCAAAGCUCGACGAAGCAGUGAUACUGAGCGAUUUCUCCAUCUUUCAUAGCUUUGUCGCGAGACUAGCACCUCUUGCCACCUGCCCAAAAGAUGGUCCGUACAAAAAUCGUCGCUGGUACUGCGGUGAGGAAGCUACGAUUUGCGAGAGCUGCUUCGAGGAAGCUAUCCGGGACACCAGUCUUGCACAUACGUUGACAUUGCGCCAGCGUCCAGACGAGUGUAUCUGUGACGCCUAUUCUCCACGCAUGCGCGGCCUAUGGAACAAAGCCUGUGCGGAGAAUAACAUUGAAUCCUUUAAUUUAGCCCUUCGUGAACGCAUGCAAGUGUAUCUAGCCACCGUGCCCCGGAUGCGAAACAUUCUGGAAGUCACCAAGAUGAGAAUGAAUACGCAAAGCACGCUGUUCAUGUCAUCCAUCAUGCUGCAAGGAGCGAACAACAUCGUUGCCGCAUCGAGGACGCAUAAUCCGUACCUAUAUGGCAAUUCGCACAUUGGGUACAAUUGGGAGACUCCUUCCGGUGCACAGGGAGCGAUGCAGUUCCAGCAAGCACUCAAUAUGAACAUUGCGCCUACCGGUGAUAUGGCUGAGAUGAAACAGCUGGGUGACCUUUGGAGACGGUAUGAAUGA